AUUUUAAAUAUUACCCCAUCUCUUCAACAAUAUUUUCAAAUUCAACCCAACCUUCAAAGCCUAAUUACUCAGCUAAAAAAAGUAGGGCACCAUUCGCCACGCCACACCUCCUCCCCAUCCCGCAAUCGUCUCCCAUUUUCAACCAAACUAGGGUUUCGAGUCCUGGCGUCUAUGUACCCCCAAUUUCGGUUCCUGCGUUAACGGAAUUAGGGUUCUAUUUUCCACCAUCCCUUUUCUUUUUCUUUCGUUGCUUUCAAAUUUAUAUCUUGGGGAAUCUUCAUUUCUUGCGGUGUCAGGGUUGGAAAUUAGGUGUCGCAUUAGGGUUUUUUAUAUUCCAAUUUCCAUCAGCAACACGUCUACCUUGCCUCCGUAUGUAAGGACAAGGUCAGCGUAUUGUUGGUUGGAGGGUUCUUGGAUUUGUGCCUGAGUUGGACGACCUUAAUUGGAUUCAUCGAAAUGCUGGGUUUGAAUAGAAAUGGGUUUAGCCAUACGAGCUCUUUUUUCCAUUUGGCUGAAUGGCAUCCACUGGAAUAGCAAAGCUCAUUUGGGCUCGAGGCCCCUUCUCCCUUUGUAAAAUCAGGUUUUUGGAUUAAAGUAUUUUGUAUUUGGGAGUUCUAAUUACUAACCGCCGAAAGCACCAAGUUUCUCAUGUUGAGUAAGAGUUGUUCUAUUGCUAAAAUGAUGGGUUGCUGUAGUUGUUUUGGUUUCACCAGAAAGCGUAAACCAGUCAGGCCUUCUUCUGGCUUCAAUAGUCGCCUUUCACAAGAGUUAUUAUUGGACGGAGAUAUGGAAGACGACGAUGAUUGUUCAUAUAAUGGCGAUUUAAUUAGCAGUGACCAUUGUGAAGAGAAUGAGCCACAAAACCGCACCAAACGUUCUGAAGAUAUCCUGCUCUUAAGGGCAGAGAAUGGAAUGUUCUGCAGGCAAUGCCCUGUCAAGGAAACCCAUAAACUUGUUAGAGCAGAGGACGAAAAUGGGAAUAAGACGGUCAAUGAAUAUGUUCGCGAGUGCAAGAUUGGUUCUGGUAGCUACGGGAAAGUGGUUCUUUAUAGAAGUCGUGUGGAUGGAAAGCACUACGCAAUCAAGGCCUUUCAUAAGUCUCAUUUGUUGAAGCUACGAGUUGCACCAUCAGAGACAGCUAUGACUGAUGUUUAUCGAGAGGUCCAAAUCAUGAAGAUGCUGAACCAUCCUAAUAUAGUUAAUCUUGUCGAAGUCAUUGAUGAUCCGGAAACAGAUCACUUUUAUAUGGUUCUCGAGUAUGUUGAAGGCAAAUGGGUUUGUGAGGGUUCCGAUCCACCAGGUGGCUUAGGAGAAAGUACUGCUAGGAAGUAUUUGCGGGAUAUAGUUUCGGGGCUAAUGUACCUUCAUGAUCAUAAAAUAGUUCAUGGUGAUAUUAAACCUGAUAAUUUGCUGGUUACUCGUCAUGGUACAGUGAAGAUAGGAGACUUCAGUGUUAGCCAAGUUUUUGAGGAUGAUAACGAUGAGCUCCGACGAUCUCCUGGGACUCCUGUUUUUACUGCACCAGAAUGUUGUCUAGGUGUGACAUAUAGAGGGAGAGCAGCAGACACAUGGGCCGUGGGUAUCACCUUAUAUUGUAUGAUAUUGGGACAAUACCCAUUUCUUGGAGAGACACUGCAAGAUACAUAUGAGAAGAUUGUUAAUAACCCUUUAGUACUUCCGGAUAAUAUGAACCCAGAAUUGAGGAAUUUAAUAGAAGGGAUUCUUUGCAAAGACCCAAUGCAAAGGUUGACUCUGGAAGCUGUUGCAGAGCAUACUUGGGUUAUUGGAGACCAUGGACCGAUUCCUCAGUACUUGUGUUGGUGCAAACGAAAGAGACCGCAAGAAGAAUUUGAUGGGAACAAAGAUGAUAUAGUAGCAUAACCCAUACUGACUAAAUUGUUUAGGUUGGAUUUGUCUGUACAGGUCAUACUUCUAUUUAUUUACUUUUCUUUAUUUGAGACUUACAAUCAUGGUCCAGCAAGGGAGAGUAAAAUCAUGACGAUAAGUAGUCUUAGCAAACGUGGUGUGCGUGUGUCUUGGAUUUGUAGUUUUUGUUUUUCAAUUUUUCUUGGUUUUCAAUUGCGCCUUUGGUGUUCUUCUGUCAUGAUUUGAUGAGGAGGAAAGGUUAUUCCUUUUUUGACACUAUCGCGGCCCUUGUAACACAUCUUAAUAUGGUUUCUGAGCUUAACAUAUCAAUGAAAGUUUCAAUCAUUGUUUUAUAUAAA